AUGGAGCAACUGACAUCCUUACCACGGCUUGGGGACCCUGGAGCCAUGGAGCCAUGGACACUGCCUGCCUGGCGGAGCUGGACUCCAGGUCAGGGGGGCGAGCCUGGAAGCAGAGGCCCCAGCCUUGCAAAUCCUCCAGCAGCUCUGAAGGUUGAAGAAUCGAGGCCUGAGGAGAAUUCAGAGCCUGAGGGAGCCCGGAGCUCUGGACCCAUGGAGGGCACUGACUCUGACGGGGCAUUGGCCAGGCUGCCCAGCACUGCACAGCAAGCACAGAGCCCUGGACCCGACAGACUGAAGCUGCAGGAGGAGGUGGAGGCGUUCCCUAAGGCCCAGCUGAAUGCAGGUUUUGGGGCCCGGCCCAAUCUGGAGCUGCUGAGGGCUCUGGGGGAGCUGCAGCAGCGCUGUGCCAUCCUGAAGGAGGAAAAUCAGAUGCUGAGAAAGAGCAGCUUCCCUGAGACCGAGGAGAAGGUGCGGAGGCUGAAACGGAAGAACGCAGAGCUGGCAGUCAUUGCCAAGCGGCUGGAGGAGAGGGCCCGGAAGCUGCAGGAGACUAACCUGAGGGUGGUUAGUGCCCCAUUGGCCCGUCCUGGGGCCAGUUUGGAGUUGUGUCGGAAGGCCCUGGCCCGCCAGCGAGCCCGAGACCUCAGCGAGACAGCCAGCGCCCUGCUGGCCAAGGACAAGCAGAUUGCCGCCUUGCAACGAGAGUGCAGGGAGCUGCAGGCCCGGCUCUCCUUGGCUGGCAAGGAAGGCCCCCAGUGGCUCCACGUGCGGGACUUCGACCGGCUCUUGCGCGAGUCCCAGCGGGAGGUGCUGCGACUGCAGAGGCAGAUCGCCCUGCGCAACCAGCAGGAGCCGCUCCUUCCGCCCAGGGCCCCGGGCCCCACAGUCCCGGGCCGAGCAGGGGCGCCCGCACCUGGGGCCCCGGCAGAGGCUACACUCCAGGAGGAUGUGGACAACUCACAGGUGGUUGUAGGGGAGCCUGACAGACCACAGAGGGUGCAGCAGCUGGAGUUGGAGCUCAGCAAGAAGCGGAAGAAAUGCGAGAGCCUAGAGCAGGAAGCCCGAAAGAAGCAGAGGCGAUGUGAGGAGCUGGAACUGCAGCUGAAAGAAGCCCAGAGUGAGAAUGCCCGCCUGGUGGAGGAGAACUCUCGGCUCUGUGGGAGAGCCACGGAGAAGGAGCAGGUGGAGUGGGAGAAUGCAGAGCUGAGGGGCCAGCUCCUGGGGGUGACAGAGGAGAGGGAUUUGGCCCUUCGCAAGAGCCAGGGCCUGCAGAGCAAGCUGGAGAGCCUGGAGCAGGUGCUGAAGCACAUGCGGGAGGUGGCCCAGCGGAGGCAGCAGCUGGAGGUGGAGCAUGAGCAGGCUCGGCUCAGCCUGCAGGAGAAGCAGGAAGAAGUCCGGAGGCUGCAGCAGGCCCAGGCAGAAGCCAGGAGGGAACAUGAAGGGGCCGUGCAGCUACUGGAGUCUACCUUGGAUUCCAUGCAGGCUCGGGUUCGCGAGCUCGAGGAGCAGUGCCGCAGCCAGACUGAGCGCUUCAGCCUCUUAGCUCAGGAGCUCCAGGCCUUCCGCCUGCACCCUGGCCCCUUGGAUCUGCUUACCUCAGCCCUGGCCUGCAAUGCUCUUGGGGACCGACUGCCACCCCCUUGCUGCUGUUCUUCCUCCCAGCCCUGCCGGGGGUCCAGCUCCAAAGACCUUGACCUCCCACCGGGCUCUCCGGGGCGCUGUACCCCCAAAUCUUCUGAAUCUGCCUCUGCCACCCUUGCUGGGGCCCCUCGAAGGACAGCUAAGAAGGGAGAAUCUCUCUCCAACUCCUCUCGCUCUGAGUCUGUUCACAACAGCCCCAAGUCCUGCCCUACACCCGAGGUGGAUACAGCCAGUGAGGUGGAGGAGCUGGAGGUGGACAGCGUCUCUCUGCUCCCAGCAGCGCCGGAGAGCACUCGGGGAGGAGCCCGGAUCCAGGUCUUCCUAGCACGUUACAGCUACAACCCCUUCGAGGGACCUAAUGAGAAUCCAGAGGCAGAGCUUCCGCUGACUGCGGGGGAGUACAUCUACAUCUAUGGCAACAUGGACGAGGACGGCUUUUUUGAAGGGGAGCUUAUGGAUGGCCGAAGGGGCCUGGUUCCUUCCAAUUUUGUUGAGCGUGUGUCCGACGAUGACCUCCUGACUUCCAUCCCUCUGGAACUGGCUGAUUUGUCACACGGUUCUGGCCCUGAACUCAGCUUCCUGAGUGCAGGUGGGGGUGGCAGCAGCAGUGGGGGCCAGAGCAGCGGGGCACAGAGCCAGGCUCGAUUGGAGGAGGAUGAUGCAGGUGAUGAACUCAGUCUGAGCCCCCCACCAGAUGGCCUGGGCGAGCCCCUGGCUGUGCCUUACCCCCGCCGCCUGGUGGUCCUCAAGCAGCUGGCCCACAGCAUGGUGCUGGCCUGGGACCCACCCCCUGAGCGAGUGGAGCUGCGUGGCUAUCAUAUCUGCGUGAACGGAGAGCUGCGGCAGACCUUGGGGCCUGGGGCGCCCCCCAAAGCUGUGCUCGAGAACCUGGACCUACAGGCUGGGCUUCUCCAUGUUUCUGUCCGGGCCCUGACCAACCGAGGCAACUCCGACCCGCUUCGAUGUUGCCUGGCUGUGGGUACCCAGGUGGGGCCUAGUAAGCUUCGAGUCCAUCGACUGACAGCCACUUCUGCUGAGAUCACCUGGGUGCCGGGCAAUAGCAACUUGGCCCAUGCCAUCUACCUCAAUGGGGAAGAGUGCCCACCUGCCCGCCCCAGCACUUACUGGGCCACCUUCUGCAACCUGCGACCCGGCACGCUCUACCAGGUCCGAGUAGAGGCUCAACUCCCACCCCGAGGGUCCUGGGAACCAGGCUGGGAGAGGCUGGAGCAGAGGGCUGCCACCCUGCAGUUCACCACCCUGCCAGCAGGCCCACCUGAUGCCCCUCUGGAUGUGCAGAUUGAGCCAGGGCCCUCCUCUGGAAUCUUGAUCAUCAGCUGGCUCCCAGUCACUAUUGAUGCUGCAGGAUCCUCUAAUGGUGUCCGGGUCACAGGCUAUGCCAUCUAUGCAGAUGGGCAGAAGAUCAUGGAGGUGGCCUCGCCUACCGCAGGCAGCGUGCUGGUGGAGUUGUCCCAGCUGCAGCUUCUGCAAGUGUGCCGAGAGGUGGCCGUGCGUACCAUGUCUCCCCACGGCGAGUCGGCUGACUCCAUCCCGGCCCCUAUCGCCCCAGCCUUGGCUCUGGCUUGCCUGCCAGCCAAAGUCUCCUGCUCCUCACCCCGACCAGGCUCAGAGCCCAGACCACCUCUUGCUCCAGCCUCCCCAGGGCCUGGAGACCCUAGCUCUCCUCGCCGGCACUCUGUUCUUCCUGCACCUCGAGAGCCCCCAGGGGCCCCUCCAGCAAGCCCUUCCAGUGAGGCAGCAAGAGUUUCCCAAGAGGAGCCUCCAGCAUCUUCUUCCCAGGAAGAGGCCAGGGCAGCCAUGCAGGACAUGUUGGAGGAGAAGACAGUCAACAAGCCAGCCAUGGAUGUGAUAAGCACUGAGCCUCAGGCUUCUGAACUGGCCCAGAAAGAGGCUGAGUGGAACCCAGGAGGGGUCUGCCCAGCACCCUGCUCCACCCAGGGGACCUUGACUCAGCAGGCACCAUGUAUGGAGGCUAGCCAAGGAGACACGGAGUCUGGGCUGCAGGCCGGUGCUGAGACAGAGGAGCCGGCUGAGCUGAGGGUGCGCCUGGCCAACUCCUUCGUGGACCACAGUCGCAACUCAGAUCUGUCUGACAUCCAGGAGGAGGAGGAGGAGGACGAGGAGCUGGGUCCCAGGCCUUGCUCUUUCCAGAAGCAGGUUGCUGGCAACAGCAUCAGGGAGAACAGGGCCAAGCCCCAGCCGGACUCCUCCUGUGAGACCGACAGCGAUGAGGAGAUCUUGGAGCAAAUCCUGGAGCUGCCUCUCCAACAGUUUUGCAGCAAGAAGCUCUUUAGCAUCCCUGAGGAGGAGGAGGAGGAGGAAGAGGAGGAGAGACUGGGGGAAGCGUGCUCCUCCCGAGUCCCUAGCCUGCCUGAGUCUGCAUUGCUGGGGCCUGGCUGUGAUGGCCUUCAGCCCCGAGGACCUGGCCUCUGUCCCUUGUCACCUGAGCCCUCCAGGGCCGGAGACCACCUGGAGGACGUGCCUGGACCAGUUGGUGGAGGCAGCCGAAGGAGAGGAGGCGGAAACCUGGAGAAGCCCCCAAACCGCAAGCGGCCCCCAGACCCCCGUGAACACUGUAGCCGGCUUCUUGGCAAUGGCGGGCCCCAGCACUCUGGACGACCAGUGCCCGCAAGGGAGAGGGGCGGCCUCCCUGUGAUCGAGGGGACUAGGGCUGGACCAGAGGCUGGUGGGAGAGGGCGGCCGGCCCCUUCCCGGAGAUGCCCCCGUGGCCGGGCCCUGGAGUCUGGCUUAGCCAGCUGCCUGUCCCCCAAGUGCUUGGAAAUCAGCAUUGAGUACGAUUCUGAGGACGAGCAGGAGGCAAACGGGGGCAUCAGCAUCACCAGCUCCUGCUGCCCUGGCGAGGAGGAGGCCUGGAGUGGGGCACAUGUAGGACGAUCCAGGGGGCCUCUGAAGGCCAGUUCAGUCCCCAACCCCUACCCACGCCUCCCAGCCUGGGAGAAAGGGGAGCCCGAGAGGAGAGGCCGCAGUGCAGCAGGCAGAGCCAAGGAGCCACCCUCCCGGGCAACAGAGAUGGCGGAGCCCAGAGGGCAGGACAGCUCUGGGCGAAGGGGCCCCCCUAGGAGAGGGACCCGAGCCCUCAGACCAGGUUCCAGUGAGCUGGUCCCUCCAAGGAGCCCCCCAGAAGAGGUGCUGGCCUACCAGAGUCUCCCUCUCAGGGUCUUUGUGGCUCUGUUUGACUACGACCCGGUGUCAAUGUCACCCAACCCAGAUGCAGGGGAAGAGGAGCUCCCCUUUCGGGAGGGGCAGAUCCUGAAGGUGUUUGGGGACAAGGACGCAGAUGGCUUCUACAGAGGCGAAAGUGGGGGCCGCAUCGGUUACAUCCCCUGCAACAUGGUGGCAGAGGUGGCUGUGGACAGCCCUGUGGGGAGGCAGCAGCUGCUCCAAAGGGGUUACUUGCCCCUGGAUAUCCUCCCUGAGGGCUCAGGGAACGGUCCCUUUGUGUACUCCUCAACCCGCACGGCUGGGCCUCCUCCUAAGCCACGUCGGUCCAAGAAAGCUGAGAUAGAAGGCCCUGCUCUGCCCUGUCCAGGGCCCCCCAAGCCAGUCUCUGCGGACUUGAAAGCUCCCCGCCCCAUGGUGGCUGCAUUUGACUACAAUCCCCGGGAGAACUCCCCUAACAUGGAUGUGGAGGCAGAGCUACCCUUUCAAGCAGGGGACAUCAUCACGGUGUUUGGGGCCAUGGAUGAUGAUGGCUUCUACUACGGUGAGCUCAAUGGACGAAGGGGUCUUGUUCCAUCCAACUUCCUGGAAGGUCCUGGGCCUGAGGCAGGCAGCCUGGACAGAGAGCCUGGGACCUCUCUGACCGAGUGUCAGGACUGGACCAGCCCACCACCAGGGCGCCCAGGGCUCCCUGGCUGGCCCCGUGCUCAUGGCCCAGGCAGCUCAUCCAGGACUGACCUGGGGGAGCCACAGGGUACGAGGGAGAAGAUGCAGGGCCUCCUCUCCAAGGGGAAGCAGCUCCUCAGGAAACUGGGCUCUGGGAAGAAGGAAUGA